AACUACACGCCCCCCUUUCUUCGUCUUCUUCUUCUCCGUUGGAAAACUCACAAACAAAUCAGCCAAUUUGUCUUUGGUCAAAGACAUUGAUUCCCUCAAAUCUCUGCAAACUUAAAAGCUCAUAGCUUCUUACCGCAUCCCCAAUUUGUUCUCUGAGUUUCAGACAUCACACGGUCGUUAGGUAGCUCUCACUCACUGGUGAGUGUGAUAAUGGCAAGCAAUGAGAUGGAGAAAGCAAGUAAAGACAAGGAACCUACAACGCCGCCUUCUGCUCCUCCCUCUUCACAGGAACCUUCUUCUGCUGUGAGUGCUGGCAUGGCUACUCCAGAUUGGUCUGGUUUUCAGGCAUAUUCUCCUAUGCCGCCUCAUGGUUUUGUGGCUUCAAGUCCCCAACCUCACCCUUAUAUGUGGGGCGUUCAGCAUAUGAUGCCUCCUUAUGGAACUCCACCUCAUCCGUACGUUACAAUGUAUCCGCCAGGUGGCAUGUACGGGCAUCCUUCAAUGCCUCCGGGUUCUUAUCCAUAUAGCCCCUAUGCUAUGCCUUCUCCCAAUGGAAUGACGGAAGCUUCUGGGAAUACUACAGGUGGCGCUGAGGGUGAUGCUAAACAAUCUGAAGUGAAGGAAAAAUUGCCUAUUAAAAGAUCAAGAGGAAGCUUGGGAAGUUUGAACAUGAUUACAGGAAAGAACAACGAGACUGGAAAAAACUCAGGAGCAUCAGCUAAUGGAGCUUACUCUAAAAGUGGAGAGAGUGCUUCUGAUGGUUCAAGUGAAGGAAGUGAUGCAAACUCUCAAAAUGGCUCAGGAUCUGGACAAGAUGGGAAGGAUGCAACAUCAGAGAAUGGUGGUUCUGCUAAUGGUCCCCGAAACGGUACACCUACUCUACCGAUGAGCCAGACCGUGCCAAUCAUGCCAAUGCCAGCUGCAGGCCCACCAACAAAUUUAAACAUAGGGAUGGAUUAUUGGGGUGCUCCUACUUCAGCCGGUAUCCCUGGAAUGCAGGGGAAAGCAUCUACACCAGUUCCUGGAAUCGUUCCUCCAGUCUCUCGAGAUGGUGGCCAUUCACAACCCUGGUUACAGGACGAUAGAGAAAUUAAGCGACAGAAGCGGAAGCAGUCCAAUAGGGAGUCUGCUAGAAGAUCCAGAUUGCGUAAACAGGCGGAAUGUGAUGAACUGGCACAACGAGCUGAGGUGUUAAAUGAAGAAAACGCAAGUCUCAGAGCAGAAAUCAUCAGGCUCAAAAGCCAGUGCGAAGAGCUCACCUCUGAGAAUACCUCUCUCAAGGACCAACUUUUAUCAUUCCCUUCACUUGAAGGCAUUAACACGGACAAGGACGAGCAAGAACGAGAGACCUAUCAAACAGUAGUCGCAGAGACAAAGGUUGAUUCCUACAAAAACUCAACGUGAAAGAAAGCAACAUACAGCGAAACCAAUUCAUAACACUGUGUUAUAAAAAGUGGCAACAACAACGACAACACUCGGCAGUUCUUUGCUAACAGAUGGUUGUAGGAUUAUUAGGUAUUAGAGAUCAAUUGGUUCGGACUAGUUUCUUUGUUGAGGAUGCUCGGUCCUGUGUGCGUACAAAUAGCUACUAAAGUAGCUAUUAGAGGAGUUAAGAAAAUCUCUUCUUAUAAUGUUGUGAAUUCUAGUUGCAGACAGUGAAUUUGAGGAGGCAGUGUACCUUUCUGUAUCAAAUGUACCAUUUGCUAGUUGAGCUUUUUUAUUUGGAUUUUGAUAAAUCCUAAAAGGGGCCGUGAGGGUUGGGCU